GGUAAUUUAUUUAUUGCUAGAAUGUAUGACUGUGAUGUAUAGAGACAUAUUUGCCUGAAGCAUCGUAUCGCGACAUUACUCUUAACAAAGCUGUUCCUAUCGCAAUCGCGGCCAGACAACAAAACCCACUACGCCUUGCAUGUGUGUCUCUAAACAUAGUUUAGGUAAGACACCGAUCACCGAUGCCGAUGUAUUAUCAUCUAAAAAACAGUAGAUUUGUACUGAAAAGACAAGAUGCUGUUAAGCAUGCUUCAAUUCAUGGCAAUAUAUUUUCCGCCGUUUAAAAGGCCUCUAGCUUGUUUCGAUGAUUUCUAAACGACUGACAAUCCAUAGACAAUAAAUAAAAUAUAGGGUUUGACAGUUUAUGUCAAAAUAAACGAGACACUGGAUUUGUUGUGUUGUUAUACUUUGUUAAUUCAUUCCUUUUUAUUAAAGUUAUGGCUGAAUCCGAUGGUGAUAUAGAGUUUUUGGAUGAAGAUGCAGAUAUUGUUCAACAAUGCGUUCAAGCAGUUCCAGUACAAGUCCCACAUUUAGUACCCCGUGUCGAAGAGAAGUUAACCCCAUUGCUAGUUGAGCGCCAACCGGCAGAACGUAAACGAAAAAAGAGAAAGGAUGAUGAAGAUUCUGAUUAUGAUCCUAGAAAUGACUUCGUUCCUGCUAGCCCGCCGAGUACGAAAGGCAAAAGAAAGCGACAGAGCUUAGUCAAAAAUAAAGUAAAAACAUACCACGGUAAGGAGGCUGGUAAUUCUUCAAAAGUAGGUUCUGCCAAGAAGAUGAAAUAUCCACCUCCCAAAGAGCCUACAAUAGAUCGAAAACUUUGUCAAAUAAGGAUCCCUGACUAUGAUGACCCACUAUGCUUGCCAGUGAAGGCUAUAAAAAACGAGGAAACUGAUGAAAAGAGGUUGAAUAACUGGAACAAUGUGUGUUUGGAGCAUUUCAAACAUUGUGACAACUUACUAAAGCCAGAGAGAGGAGAAACUUUUAGUUCUACUAGAACUGUUGUGUUCCGUAAUGUUCCCAACAAACAAACAGGAAAACCAGAGACGACAAUAUGGAGUAAGACAUGCGUUGAAAACGAAGACGGUGACAAGAAGUCUGAAAUCUUCCAGUGCGUACUUCCACGGUACAAGGAGAAAAAAGUACUGACAACUUUUGGCCUUACAUCACGGAGACCUAAAGCGUACCAUAUUACGGAUGAGGUGAUUCUAAGUAAAGAAGAGAGUAAGGACGGAGAAGUCCUUGUUGCAUACAAACCGAAAGAAUCUUCUUCAGCUGUGUACAAGUUGAUUACCGCAAGUGACAGGAAAUCAUCAGACAUGAAAGAUGAAUCUGAAGAAAAGGACGAUGAUGAUGACAUGAAGAUGUAUAUGAAGGAGCUGGCGUACUGCAAGAUGUGUGCUCCCUGCUUCCAGACCUCCUGGCGAGGGGUUAAAAAGACCACUAAGAAGAGCAUCACAUGCCCCAUCUGCACUCGUUCCUUUGUGACUGUAUACAAUCUACUGGCUCACUUCAAGACACACACUUCAGAAGAUGUACAGAAAUACAAAGCUGUUAUAUCUUCUAUUUUGGCUGAGAUAGUGGACUACCACUACAAAUGCCGCGUGUGCCAGGCCCAGUUCAUCAGUAUAAAGAAAUUGAGAGAACACGUCGCCACUCAUCAAGGGCAUGAGCUGUUUAGAUGUGAAAUCGGCAACCACAUGGCGAGAUAGAAAAUUAUGAAAGUAAUAGUUACAAAAUAUACGAUUUACGACCACAGUCCAAUUGUUUCCUUGAAUGAAUUGUUUUUAUCGGC